AUAUUAGGGCGGCGCACAAUUGGCCCAGCGUCGUCCGGGCUUGGAAGUCAUUGUAAAUAAGAUUUUUGUUCUUAACUGACUUGGCUAGUAAAAUAAAGGUUACCAUUUUUUUUUUUAUCAUCAUAAUAAUCAUAAGAUGGUUGAGUCAGAGAUCCAUCCGUACGAGGCAACACAUUGACAAAUUCGUGAUGUACGCCCCUACACACCAAAACGUCUGUCACAACUCUGCACAACACCGCAGCAUCAGCAUCUGCUGGGAAUCCAGAUAAACGACCCAUCUCCGCCUUCAUAAAUGAUUGUGUAAAUAUGUAACAAUAACGAGAAUAUAUUUGAUCGAAGGACACAUACAGCAGAAAGCUGCUGUAUAGUACCAUGGGUGGCCAUGAUGAUGAUGACGUAUCUUAUCGUGUAGCCAACAACCAACAUCAAGAUGAAGUGCUGAAAAACAAAUUGAAUGACAGCGGCCUUUGGAGUGACCAAGAAUCCACAGACGGCAACAAUGCUAAGUGGGUCAAGGAGGGCAAGAACCAACUGAGGAAAGUAGCCGAGAAACAUCAGGACCAGGACCAGAAUGGGAACCAGGAGGACUUCUCUCCUCAUAACACCAACGAGGAGGAGGAGGAGGAGGAGAAGCAGAGGAACGAGGAGCAGACCAAAUCUCCCAAGACCCUGGGCCUGAAGGAAGAAGAGCCCAAUACCAUCCUGAAAGAGCCACUACUCAUCAACACCCUGGUGUCUGCAGAGGAUAAAGAUGAUGAAGGCGAAGAAGACGACAAAGAGAAGGAAGAUUCAUCUGAGGCAGAUGAAGAGGCCGGCAGUCUUAUAGAGGAAGAGAGGGAGUCCGAGCAGAGGGAUGCAGAGGCUGAAAGAGAGGGAAGUGGGGUGGCUAGAAAUCCCUGUCUGCUGUUCUCUAAUGUGAAUGGAACACCAAGUGAUGAAGAAACCAACUGGUCAGCACUGUCUCAGGAAAGCACUGUUGAAAGCCCUCCAAAUGAAAACAAAGAGUCCUUCUGGGACUCGGAGGCCUUUGAGGCGGACACAGACCUACCCUCUGGGUGGAUGCGGGUUCGAGACACUUCAGGUACCUAUUAUUGGCACAUCCCUACUGGCACUACUCAGUGGGAGCCUCCCUCCCCUCUGGACAAGGUGGGAGACUCCAUGAUGUCCUCCAGUAUGUCCCUGGAGACAACACCCUGUGAGGAAGAGCCAGAGGAAACAUGGGGGGAUCUCUCUAACCCAGAUGAAGGGACUAGUGAUGGAGAGCUGUGGAAGGAGGGAGAGGUGGCAUCUGACCAGAGCCUGAAGGAGUUUGAAGGGGCAACCCUGCGCUAUGCAUCCAUCAAUCUCAACUGUUCCCAAUACGAGGAAGAGGAGAAACUUGAUCCCCAUGGCACUGACCUGGAGGCUAAGUAUUUUGCCGUUCGCUCUCUGGGCUGGGUGGAGAUGUCUGAAGAGGACAUGGCACCGGGAAAGAGCAGCGUGGCUGUCAACAACUGCAUUAGACAGCUGUCCUACCAUAAACACAACCUCCACGACACUGCUGGCAUCUGGGGAGAGGGUAAGGACAUGCUGAUGGUCCUGCAGAAUGACACUAUGAAUCUGAUUGACCCACUGGGACAGACUCUGCUGCACUCGCAGCCCAUCGCCAGCAUCCGCGUGUGGGGCGUGGGCCGAGACAACGGCAGGGAAAGAGACUUUGCUUAUGUAGCGCGAGACAACCUGACCCAGGUACUCAAGUGUCACGUGUUCCGCUGUGACUCACCUGCCAAGAACAUCGCAACCAGUCUGCAUGAGAUGUGUUCCAGGAUAAUGACAGAGAGGAAGCUAUCCAAGCCAUUUCUGAGCAGGUACAAUUAUGACCAGUGCAAACCCAUGGAGAUUCCUGCUCAAGAGUUUCCCGUUCCAAAAAAUGAGAAUUUCCAACGUUUCCUUGUGUAUUACCUUGGUAACGUACCUGUGUCCAAGCCUGUAGGUAAGGGACGCAUGGGUGUGGACACAAUCAAUGAUGCUUUGGCGGCUGCAAUGAACAGCACAAGGAAGCAGGAUUGGACCCCCGUCUCUGUCAACGUGGCCCCUGCCACUCUCACCAUCCUCACCAGAGAGACUGAGGAGGUUUUGUCAGAGUGCCGGGUGCGGUUCCUGUCUUUCAUGGGUGUGGGGAAGGACGUCCACACCUUUGCCUUCAUCAUGGCCGAGGGCCCCGGGGACUUCAUCUGUCACAUGUUCUGGUGUGAGCCCAACGCUGCCAGCCUGAGUGAGGCGGUGCAGGCCGCCUGCAUGCUGCGCUACCAGAAGUGUCUGGACGCGAGGCCUCCCAGCCUGGGCUCCUGCCUGCCCACUCCCCCUGCUGACUCCGUGGCCCGCCGGGUCAGGAUCGGGGUCCAGAGUCUGCUGGGAAGCUUCAAGCAGUACAGGUCAGGGUCCCAGUCUCCCUGAGCAGAAGAGAGAAGAUCUCCCCCCAGUAACACUAACCCAUCACAGCAGCUCCAGCUUACUCCUCUCUAACUCUCAUUCUCCCUUUCCUAUCGGACUCUUUUUGGCCUUCCUUAGAGAAUAUCUUGUCAUUAGUGUAUGGCGUUAUAUGUAACUGAGGAAAUGCUUACUUACUAGUGAUUGCAAAGUGUUUUUCUAUACAUCUACUGUAUAACUCUCCUUUAGCUUCGUACUCAAACUGAAUGAGCCCUGACAACUUCCCGUUGUUUGUUCUGUUGCUGGGAUGUCAUCUGUUUGUCACUAUUUUUGUGUUUUAGCAGAAACCAUGUCUGGCAGGAAGUUUUCGUAUGACGGGAUGUAAGUACAUGUUUCUUCACAGUAGGAGGUUAGGACAUAUUUAGGACGAUUCCACACAGAAAUCCAUCUCAUUUCUUCCUCAGUGCAAUUAUGGUUGAGUCAUGGGGCCAUGAUUCGCCGAACAGUAGCACCUCUUUUUCUACUGGUGUCUAAAGGUCAUGUAAUCACGGUCGGGAACCUAGUAUAGUAGUCUCCUGCAGCGGUUUAGUGCUGAACUCUUAGUUAUUGUAACAUACUAGAUGUGUGCUACUUCAUGGGCUGAAUUCUGUACCUGUUAAGUGUUUGUAAGGCAUGUCACUAGCCUGUAUCCGUGUCUAUCAAUAUAUAUGCUAGUAGUAGAUUAGUUGUCACUGUCAAGUCCUUUCCACUGAGUAGCUGAGAGCAGGUCAGUAUCUGUCUCCCUUAGUCACCGCCCUGGGACAGGGAUAACAUUGAGAGGAUGACUCCAGUGUUUUAGGAUUCUGUUCUUCCACUUUUUGCUCUGUUUGGCCCUGGACACUCUUAAGUAUUGUUUGUAUACACUAUCAUGGACACUACUGAGGAGCAGUUGCACAUGUUUGAUUAUUGAUUGUAUUAGAGAAUGUUUUUAUGUUUAAAAAAACGGAUUAAUUGUGUUUGUCAGAAGUAUUUAGUGCAAUAGUUAUUAUUAAUAGUUAUUAUUAAUAGUUAUUAUUAAUAGUUAUUGGACCUAUAACAAAAUAAAACUUGUAAAAUAUAGAAACACUAUCUGAAAUUAGACUAGAUUGUAUUGUAUAAUACUAUAGAUUGUAUAAUACUAUAGAUUGUAUUGUAUAAUACUAUAGAUUGUAUUGUAUAAUACUAUAGUGUAUCUUUUGUCACCGCUCACUUAUCAUUGUGCUCUUUUUUUUCUAAUUCUGUUGUGUUAGUACUUCCAAGGUCAACAUUAAAAACAAGUGAGUGUUGGAACACUAGCUUAUUAAUUUAUUUCACAAUUUAUGUAAAUGAGGUGUAUAAAAUGUAUCUGUAUAUAAAAGUCCCUGCACAAUAAAUAAAUGUGAACAUAUCUUA